GCGACUAAUCACUCGACUCUGCAUGCAGACGCGUGGUUAGUGUCACCCUUCACCUCAGUGUGUAACUCGACGUAGAUCUACAUUGUGAAAAUGGCCAAGGCGUUCAGCCUGCUUCAGUUUGGGCACCAUUCUUUUUUGGGCCCUACACUCCUGACAAAUUCCGAUGCUGAGGAGGUUGAGGAAGAAAUUCAGGAGAUUGAGUGGGAUCGAGAAGAUAUGAAGAAGCAGGACAGUCGUUCUUCUCCAUAUCAAGAUAUGAAGAGGAAGGACAGUCCUUCUUCAUAUAAAGAUACAAAGAGAAGGGACAGUAAAUCCCUCAACAAAACAGAAGAAACAGAUUAUGACUAUUGCUCUGAUUGCACUUCUGAGGAGUCAAACUCCACUUACAGGCACUCAUCAAGGACCUCAAAGCGUGAGCGACAGAAAAGAACCAGUGAAGAUAAGAAACAUCGCUCCACUGCAAAGGUGCUGAAUUGUGAAUGUGCCAAGCUCAAGGAUGCCUUAAAAAAAGAGAGAGAAGCCAGAGCUGCUCUUGAAAAGACUUUGGAGAAAGAGUUGGCAGCUAAAGCUGCUCAAGAGAAAGCACUUAAGAAGAAAAGUGAUGACAGAGCCAUUCUUAAAGAGAAAGUGGAGAGCAUAAAGUCACAAAUGGCAACUCUUAAAGAUUCACUAAAAAAAGAGCAGCGCAACAAUGCAAAACUUAAAUGUAAAGUAGAUGAAAUGGCACAUAAACUUGAGAAGGAUCAGAGUUUGAUCAAGAAGCUCCAGGAAGAUCUGGCCACUUCCUCCAGCUGUCUCAAAGAGCAUGAUAAAAAGGCUCUUGCAGAACUGCAGGAAGUGAAGGACCAGCUCACCCAGCAGCAAAAAGAAAGCUUGGACAAAAACAAUGAAAUCUCGUCCUUGCAUUGCAACAUUCUGAAUCUUCAAAGUGAUAUUGAAGCCAAGGACAAGCUUGUGGAUUCUUGGACCGAGAAAGCCAAACAAUUGGCUUCUGAGGCCAAAGAAGAACGUAUAAAGGUGGUCAAACUCCAGAAGGACAUUGAGGUGGCGCUCUCCCACCAGCAGGAAAAAGCAGAGGAAUUUGAUCGUCUGACACAUAAAAACCAGUCCAUGGUCACAGAAAUUCAGGAACUAACAUCAGCUGUGGAGGCUCAAAAAGCCAAUGCUGCCACACUUCAGUAUAGCCUGAAAAAUGAAGCCAGAGAGCUGCAUUUGCAGAUCCAGUCCUUGCAAAAAGACAUUGGACUCAAAGAUGCACUUCUGAGGCAAAAAGACCAAAAAGUCUCUGAGCUUUCAGAGAAAGCACUAAAGAACAAGACGCUGCAAAAUGAUCUGGGGGCCGCCCAGACUGAGACGCAGCUUGCUCUAAAACAGCUCGAAGAAUCCAGAGCACUGUGCAAUAACCUUGAGGAGAAAAUUGUGAAGUUGCAGAGAGUCUGUAAGAGGGAAAAGCAGAAAAACAAGGAACUCUCUGAGCAGACCCUGGAUCUAGAAAAGAGUCUGACUUCUGAGAGAUUUCUGAAUUCUUCCCUGAAAGAGAAGCAGACACAACUUGAGCUGACUGCUUCGGAGAAUCAGACCAAAAUCAAGGAUUUGACAUGCCUCACUCACCAGCUAGCUGACAGCCUCCAGUCUGAGUGCGCAGUAAAACACAGCUUGAUUUGUGACAUGCAGAAACAGGAGAAGGAGAAUGAAGAUAUGACGGUGAAAUUGAAGGCAAUGGAGAGCAAACACGAGAGCCUCCUGUCUCAACACCGCCUUCUCUCUGACCUACAUAGAGAGCACAUAUCAGCUAAAAACACUAUAGCUGAUGAGCUGAAAGCCUUUCAGUCAGAGAACACGACUCGAAAGACUGAACUUGAAGAUACCCUGAAAGAGAGCAGGACUCGGCAGACUGAGCUUGAAGAUGCCCUGAAAGAGAGCAAGACUCGGCAGACUGAACUUGAAGAUGCCCUUAAAGAGGAGCAGAAGCAUAGCGCCGAGUUCCAGAAGAAAGCCGAUCGGUUUGCAUCUGCUCUCAAAGAAGAAAAGGCGAAGUGUGAAAGCUAUCACACUGAGCUCAAGGAGACUCUGUACAAACAGAUAAAAACAGUGGAGGAGCGUGGACAGUUGACUGUGGCACUGAAGAGAGCAAAUGAGACCUGUUCCAUGCUUCAGCAGCAGCAAGUAAAAUGUUUGACAGAAAUGGCCAUUCAGUCCAGACAGCUCAGUGGCACUGAGCUUAAGUUUAACAUGGAAAAAGCUGCCCUGGAACAGAAGAUAACAGCUCUAAACCAACUGCAAAAGGAGAACCAAGAACUGGGGAGGAAGAACAAGGACCUUCACUCUGAUUAUUGUGACCUGUUUAUGAAUCACAGAGCCCUCCAAGGGAAAUAUGAAAGGCUCAGUGGUGUACAAGACCAGCACCAACCAGAAGUCCAUCUAUCCAUGAGAACCUGCCUCAGCACCCUGACCUGGUAGCCUGGUUGAUGGAAACUUCAGUUGCUAUUACACUACAUGCACUAGCCUACUUGUUUUCAAUUUAAAUAAACAUUUUAAAAAUGUAUAAAUGCAUGCUUUAUGUUGUUUAGAGCAAGUUACUAUUUGGCUUUAGUAUACCUCUAAAAUACCUCUAAAAACAUUUAAAUAUUUUCAAUGUUAACAAGCCGUGUUUUUAAAUUAACAUUUAACCUUUUGUUUUGUUGUAUAUGAUCACAUCUCUUAUGUGUCCGGAUGAGGAAAGAACAAGGCAAGGACAUGAUACCGUAAUGCUUAGAUGAUAACUGAUGAACUACAUUUUUUUAAUAGAUUAAAAUAUUCC